GAGAGCCGGGAGCCCUGCACCACCGGCUGGAGCAAGUCGGCAAGAGUGGUCCCGGCCGGACCUGACACAGGCUUUAGGAGCAGCGGGGCUCCUUCUGAGACAGGAAUCAUCUCCCUCUAUGACUGUGUUUUUAAGAGGAACCUAAGUUACAACCAAAAAUUGCACCGAGAUGACAGAGAACAUGCCAAGUACCUGGGACUUCACAUUAACGAGGAGGAAAAAGAGAGGCCGGUGGGCGUGCUGACAUCUUCUGUCUACGGGAAGCGCAUCAACCAGCCGGUGGAGCCCCUGAAUCGAGACCAUGGCCGGGUGAACCACGUGCGGGCUGACUUCUACAGGAAGAAUGACAUCCCCAGCCUCAAGGCACCCGGCUUUGGACACAUUGCUCCGGCCUGAAGCCUGCCCUGUGGCCCACAGCCAGUUGGGGUGCUCUGCCAGAGUGAUGCUACACAGGGGCGCCCAGAGCUUGUUUCCCCUUCUCACAACAUCUGGUGGCUGGAGGGAUGCCUCCGCUGCAUGUGAUGGGGCAAAUGCCCACAAGUGGGCAGCCUGCCCUCUAAUGCUUCUUGGCUAAGGACUUGGCCAAAUGCCGUCAGGACAUUGUAAGACUAGCAAGUGUGACUGUGUGCACUGAACUGGGUUCGCAUUACCUGAAUAAAAUGAAACUUUGUUCCCA